AUGGCGUUAAUCAGAAUUGGACUGAUGCGAGUGGGACACAAGAAAGAUACGUAUUUACGUGAUGAUACGUUUGAAGAUUUUGAAGACCUAGAGAAGGUCUAUGGACAAAACAUUGCAAAAGGAAAUAAUACAGUGGGGUUAGGAGAAACCACAGAUGCUCAACAAGCUUCAUCUUUGAGACGUUCGAAUGCGAUUGAAAAGCUCCCAGUAAGAAAGAGAGCUAGAACUGACAUAUAUAAUGUGGAGAAAAUUUCAGAUGAAAUAAAUGCUGUCACUGGGACUACCAAUCAGAUUGUCAGUAUGAUUCAACAAAGAUGGCAAAAGGAAGCCGAAGAGAAAGAAGCUGAGGAAAAAGUUAAUAACAUAUGGGACAUAAUUAAAGAAAUUCCUGAUUUAGAAGAAAAUGAACGUUUUGAUGCAAUGAAUUUAGUUCACCAGCUUGGUAUGAAAGCUGGAUUCAUGAGUAUGACUAGGGAGGAACGUUUUAGAUGGAUCAAACGUUCCGUACGUAAGCCAUGA